UCGUUAUUGGUGAAACGCGCUGGCGUUGCCGAUCCAGAUUUUCUAAUCACUCCGAUCUAAACACAUGUGCCGGGUGGUAGGGAAUGUUUACAAAUGCACUGAUAUGAACUAGGUUGCGUUUUCAAUGGUUUACUUUGAGUGUGUGUGCCGCACUGACAUUAACCACUCGCGUCUAUCGCAACGCCAUUGUGUCGAAGGGGUGAAGGUGGCUUGUGUAUUUACGGUGUUGUCAGAGGGAAGUGUUAUGGUCGACCAAGCCUUGCCAUGUCUCAACUAACAUAGCGAGCCUAACGGACCACUCCACUAGCGUUCGAGACUAUCUGAUACACCGACGGAGCGUAUUUGUGUAAUCCCCACAAUAAGCAAAAAUGUACGGGUUCGUGAAUCACGCCCUGGAGCUGCUGGUGCUGAGGAACUUCGGGCAGGAGAAAUGGGAGGCCAUCAAGCGAGAAGCCCUAUUAGAGAUGGACGGUCAUUUCCUCGUCCGCCACGUCUACGACGACGGUAUAUCGUACGACCUCGUCGGAGCGGCGUCCAAGGUGUUGGAACUACCGGCAGCGGACAUUCUGGAGGCGUUUGGCGGUAUGUUCUUCCAGUACUGUGAAGAAUCGGGUUAUGACAAGAUUCUUAAAGUGUUGGGCUCAACUACGAAAGACUUUCUUCAGAAUUUGGAUGCCUUGCAUGAUCACCUUGCAACCAUCUAUCCAGGCAUGCGCGCGCCAUCCUUCCGGUGCACGGAACGGGAAGGAGAUGGCGCCACUGUUCUACAUUACUACUCCGAGAGAGAGGGUCUGGAGCAUAUAGUUAUAGGAAUUGUCAAGACGGUGGCCAAGAAGAUCCACGCCUCGGAGGUGGACGUUAACGUUUACAAGAGCAAGGACAACGGCAUUGACCACGUUCAGUUUACAAUCGUCGAGAAAAACAACCAGAGCAAUAACGCCAAAUUAGAUCUAGAACAUCAAAAGACACUGUCAACAGUUCAGAAAAUGAGCCCUUUUACAUUUUGCAGAACGUUUCCUUUCCACGUAUUGUUUGACAAGAACCUGGUCGUCAAGCAGAUCGGUUCUUCAAUAGCCCGUGUUAUCCCACAGCUGGCCAGCAAAAACUACAAGCUCACAGAUCUCUUCGACAUGAUCCGACCCCAUAUGGAUCUCUCCUUUGCGAACAUCUUGUCUCACAUCAACACCGUGUACGUCAUGAGGACGAAGCAGGGUGUCCUGGAUUUGCCAAACAUGGACAAUCAGAACGAAGAGAACUCCCGUAUGCGUCUGAAGGGCGAGAUGAUCUAUGUGCAGGAGACCAACUGCAUCCUGUUCUUGUGCUCGCCUAGCGUCAUGAACCUCGACGACUUGAACCGACGUGGCCUGUAUCUGAGCGACAUCCCCCUCCACGACGCUACUCGCGACCUGGUGCUGUUGUCUGAACACUUUGAGGCGGAGUACAAGCUGACGCAGAAGCUGGAAGUGCUGACGGAGCAGUUGCAGCAGACCUACAGAGACUUGGAAGAUGAGAAGAAAAAGACGGACAGUCUGAUGUACUCCAUUUUACCUCCUUCCGUUGCCAACGAAUUACGUCACCAACGCCCAGUGCCUGCCCGGAAAUACAAUGACGUCACUCUGAUGUUCAGUGGGAUUGUGGGAUUUGGUGACUUUUGCGCCAAGAAUUCUGAUGGCAUGGGCGCAAUGAAGAUAGUUCAGCUCCUCAACAGCGUGUAUACCAAGUUUGAUGUUUUGUUGGAUCCUAAGGAAAACCCGAAUAUAUUUAAGGUGGAGACGGUGGGCGACAAGUACAUGGUUGUGAGUGGUCUACCGGAGCCGUGUGUUGACCACGCCAGAUGUAUAGCGCGGCUAUCUCUGGACAUGAUGGAGAUAUCCAAAGACCUCAGAGACCCUGAUGGCAAACCCCUCAUGAUCACCAUAGGGAUACACGCAGGGGAGGUGGUCACGGGGGUGAUUGGGAAGAGGAUGCCACGCUACUGUCUCUUUGGCAACACCGUCAACCUGACCAGUAGGACCGAGACGACGGGAGUGAAGGGAUUCAUCAACGUAUCCGAAGAUGCAUACAGGUGUCUCAUGCAGCCCGAGAGCAAGGAUCCUAGCUUUCACUUCGAGGUGCGCGGACCAGUCACCAUGAAGGGUAAGAAGGAGCCGAUGAUGACGUACUUCCUGUCCAGAGGGAAACCGGAAGUAGCUGUCAAACCGGCAACCAAAGUCUGCGAGGUGUAGAGGAUGUGACUCAAUGGGGUGGCGCGACAGUCACCUGCACUGCUGACACCGACAUGGGCAACAGCAGUGGCAACAACACCAGCAACAACACCAGCAACAACAGUGGAAUGACCUGGUGGAACCUGGGCCUACCGCUGGGUCAGAGGUGUCCAGGUCCUUUUGUUAGUCUGUGGCAAGGUGUUUACUGUAUUGUUGGUUCUGUUAAUUGUGUAACGGUUCCACGUGUCGUUGUUUUGAUGUGUGUUGGAGUUAACCUAAGGCCUUUACCAUUGUCUAUGUUCCCAAAGCAAACUUAGUACUGUGACUAUCGCCUAUGUUAAGUCACGGGUGUUACGAUCACCGUAGCGCUGAGAUCUCUUUGUGGAACGGGGCCCUGUAGAGUUUGUAUCAGGGCAGACAUGAACAGGGCACGGCUAUUCAGAGAAACUGGGUCACAAGAAGCUAUUAUCUGUCAAUGGAGAAUUCAUGGGAGAAAAUCAUCAGAUCGUUUAUUGUAUAACAUGUAUACUAGUGGUGACGUUGAUAGACCAUGGUAAAUCACACGUGUCAAGCACAUGCAGUGCUUAUGUCCAUCAGCAGUACCAAACAUGGACAUUGUCCAAGAGUUUUACAACCUUUAUUGUUUAUUUACAGUGUUUGCCAAAGGGCGAGGUAGUUAUGCAGUAUCAAGCCUAGCCGGUGUAUAUGUACAGUGUCAAGCAUUUUCGGUGUAUAUGUGUAAUGUCAAGCAUUGUCAGUGUAUAUAUGCAGUGUCAAGCAUUGUUGGUAUAUAUUUACGUCAAGCAUUGUGUGUGUAUAUAUGCAGUGUCAAACAAUGUCUUUGUAUAUGUGCAGUAUCAAGCGUUGUCGGUAUGUAUGCAGUGUCAAGCAUAGUAAGUGUAUGUAAGCAGUGUCCAGCAUAAUGGGUGUAUAUAUGCAGUGUCAAGCAUAAUGGGUGUAUAUAUCCAGUGUCAAGCAUAGUGCGUGUAUAUAUGCAGUGUCAAGCUUAGUGGGUGUAUGUAUGCAGUGUUUUGCUCUAUCAAGUGAAGAUGGUGUUUAUAAGCAGUAUCAAACAUAAACUGUGUUAACAUACAGUAUAAAGCGUGGGAGGUGCAAAUAUAAUGGGUAAGCCCGUAUUGUUUAUCAGCAAGCACCAUCAUUCAGAAGUAUGUCGAAUAAGCAGAAUCGCAAUCAAAAGGGAAUAUUAACACAAAUAUCUGUAUGCAUGCAUCAAUAGAUCAAACAGGUAAUGUAAAAGCAGCUCCUCUGACAGGAUGAAGAUUAAUUUUUGACACUGUAUUACCCUUUUACAUUUAAACAGGGCAAGGGAUAGAUGUAUUGACGAUAUGUUGGCUUGAUAUGACGCAUUGCCGACUGGCAUACACCAUAUACAAGUAAAUUGACAGUCAAAGGUGAAGCAUAUUUUAUGAGCAACCCCGACAGAAAUAUUUAUCUAAAACUGUAUGAAUAUUCAAAUGUGUAUCCAUCAUCGGUACAUAGGGAUAAUUAUGAUUCCCUACUUGUUGCUCAAUAGUUUUGGUUUAGUUACAAAAUGCAUUGUUGGUAACUCUGUGACAAUCUUACAAUAAGCAAACUACUAUCCCUGGUGUGUAAGUUUGUGUUGCACAAUAUUCGUUGUCAAUAUUGACCCAGACAUCACUAACAGAACGCAUUCACAAGCAUAACACAAUGCAUAUGAUUAUUUCCUUAAUGUACGUGGAUGUAGUAUAUUGGUAUUGUUUGAUACAUAAUUCUGCAACCAAAGUUGAAUGUUUUGUCGAUCUGUGUACACACCGUGUCGACAUUGUCGACGGGCCAGGAUUGUAAGAGAAAAUACAGGUGCACAUAUUUUUCAACUCACUAUGUGACUCGAAAGGGGGGCAGUUGACGUGUAAAGUGUCUGAAAAGAGGACGGUGGUGCACACUCCUCCCCUGGGUCCGCCAGGGUUAUUGUUUUGCAAGAAGCAAUUGCCGCAGGAGAGUUUUCGGCUGUCAUUCAUGGAUACAUUCAUUUUGAUCACGCUUUGUCGUAUGACACUUGCUGUUUUGUUCCCAAAUGACCAGUUCAUAGGCAUGUGAACUUAAUAGGGAUUCCUUCAUUGGACUGAUAUUUGUUAUUCUUCGUUGUACGUUGUGUUCCGAGCAUGUGUACAGAUGUAUAUGUCAGCUCACUUCAACCGCCAACAUACCGCUGCUAUAAACGAUUAUGAAAUGCAAUACCAAGAGUGUGUAUUCGCCAGGUAAUAACGUAUUAAUUGCGGGUAACUAGCUCCUUAUAAUUCCAUGCGUUGCUUUCUAGGCGCACAACAUGACGGAUGUGAGAUAUGUAGCAAUAUGUGUUUUUUGUGCUGUGACUGUUAAUCCAAUGCCUCUACAUGGGGUGGGCGGCAAAAGGUGUUUUAAUGGAAAAGUAUCGCCUCACUGUAGAUAACAUGUAUCUUAAUAAGCCGAUGUAUUAUGAAAUACACAUACACGUGUAUGGGUGAGAGUGUGACUGUAGUUAACGCCGAUAUCAUCAAUAUUUCGAUAUAUCUAGGUUUAUAGUGUAAACUGACCCUAAGAAGAGUGUGACAAAUAGCAGAAAAGUAAAGUUAGCCAUCGAGCCAUACUAAACAUCUGGACCUUCAGUAGCUCGUGACCAGUUGUUUGAACAAGUAACAUCAAAUUAAAGAUAGUCAUCGAGCCAUAAAGAAAGGCUGGAACAGCUUCAGUAGCAUGUGAUCUUAAGACGUUCCUGUGAAAAACCCCUUUGGUACACCCCAUUUGUACAACAUCUUGAUUAGUCAUCUCGUAAAGGACAAAUUUAUUCAAAGAAAAGUUAUUGCCGUUUAAAUGAUUUCUCGGUGGCUACCUUUAACUCGACCAUAUAGCAGGGUCGUAUGAUCAACCAUUGUUGUUCCAUCCAUACUCUGCAGACAUGAUGGCCAUGCGAUAACCUUUGGUUACAGGAGAGUAGUUAUAUCCUGGAAUCAACACGGGGUCAGAUUUGCGUUUCUUCGGACCUUUCGGUGUUUUAAAAAACAUUGGCUAUGGCCCAAGCUGCAGACAGUGAAUUCUUAGUUGCCAAAUAUUUUCUAGAUGAAUAGUAGACUUGUUUUCAAGCCAAACAAGGAAUAAUAGGCUAGGUGGUGCCGUUAAUAUUGAUUAUAGUAUUAACUGUAAAAUCCCUUUAGCCUCGAUUACAGUAUAUUUUGCAGGGCCACAAUCUCGUUAUUAUUUAGGGUAACGAGGAAACAUUGUCAGCGUGUUAAACAUGUGGAACCGGCAGAAAUGUUUACUAUCUGCGUACGGUUAUAUAUAGACAGGAGGGCGUGACUACACGAGCGGAUAAAGUUACUGUGUUUGUAUGAAGUUAUUAACAACGUGAAACGGUUGUUAUCUUGACACUAACACAUUAUAUAUAACUUUGAGGACGGUUAACCUGCAAACUUUGCUCACAGGAAACCGUAUCAAGAUAGUCUUUGGUCCAGUCAAAUCGUUAUUACAUGUAUCGGAUUAUAUAGAUAAAUAUGAACUUCGUCUUUCAGAUCCCAUAAAAAUGCUGCACAAAUUAAUACGAGUUUAAACUACCUAGAAACCGAGCCAUUGCGAGUAUAAAUAUAUACAAAUUGCUAGAAUGAAAAUGUGCAAUUAUAAAUAAUUAUGUUAAUGUUUGAAUUUCUCCAUUUUUUACUAAGUCGAUUUGCGUAUAAGAAAAAAUAAAAUUCGAACUUUAUAGAUUUUAAAUUCUUUUAAAGGCAUACGAGGCCAAUAGCAAGCCCGUCAGUGCGGUUUUAAUCUAACGUAGGAAUUUGAAAAAAUAUUACUUAGCAUGUGAAAAAUAAGACAUGCGCAGUUACCUCUGUCAGCUGGUAUAAUGCGCCACUUCAGUCACGUGGGACUUGCUCGUAGAGGAAUAUACAACAAUCCUGAUGUAAUUUAUAUGUACAGCUUUAUCUCAAUGUUGUGUCUGUGAUAUUCAUGUGAUAUAUUUAUCCCAGUAUACAGACAGAGGAGGCAUUGACGGUAGCCUUACCUGUAUCUCAUAUUAUAUAUGUAUGUUGUGGUAUGUAUUUUGUUGUAGCUACUGAAACAAACUUACGAAAUGAAAAUACCAAGAAUCCUCCUUCAAGUUCCGUGUGUAAAUAUAUAUAGUUAAACCCCGUUAAUCCCAGGGAAAUCAUCCGGAUUAACAAAUGUUCGGAUUAACGAAUAAUGUGGGAGUCUGUAUAGUAUCGUCUUAAAGAAGCAGUUUCCGGAUACACGGGGUCCGGAAUAACGAGGGUUCACUGUUUGUAAUGUUUUCGUCAGGGAAAGAACUUGUCCACAUAUGCGUGGAUAGGGUGCGUACUUGACACUUUGUAUUUUUAUAAUGGAGACGCCUAUUGGAUGAUUGAGGUUUUUAUUUCUUAAAUUUGUUUUCUGGAAGUUUCGUGUUGUGUUACCAAAUUGUUAGCAUCUUCGUGGUUGUAAUCAGGUUUGAUUGGCAACUGUUCCAGUACUACCCGACUUUUAAAUCGUAAAAUUAAUUGUACACCCUUUCCGAAUUAUUUAUUUUUGCAGAAUAUAUUUUAACGAGCCAUGUUUUAUCACGUCAUUGUCAACUUCAAUAUGUAUGCCGUGCAGGUUCUUUUAGGAUAUUCGUUGAUUAUGAGCCAAACCAUUCAACCAUUAAUUGUUAUCGAUAUCAACCUUCGGACAAAGUUUGUUACGAGAACUUCCACAAUGUAUAUGUUGACGUAGUGGCUGCUCUGACGUUAUCUCGUUACAAAAUAAUUACUGUCAAUAUUCAGAAACUUUGAGCAUUGUUGUUGGUUUCAUAUUUUUGACUGACACCGUAGUUGAGUUUGGUUACAAUACAAUUGUUACAUAUCAAGUGUUAACCCUACAAGGGUGGCGAGUUGUUUGUUGUAUACAAGUGUGUAUUUAUAUACGGCACCCAUAAUAAACAAACAAUACACUUUGGA